AUGGUGAGUCCAGACAGGAACCAAAGUGGUGCAGUCAUAUUCAUCCUCUUAGGAUUCUCUGAUUACCCAGAUCUCAAAGUCCCUCUCUUUCUUCUGUUUCUGAUGAUCUACGUAGUCACAGUUUUGGGAAAUUUGGGUAUGAUUGUGAUCAUCAGGAUCAACCCGAAACUCCAUACCCCUAUGUACUUUUUCCUCAGUCACUUGUUUUUUGUGGAUUUCUGCUACUCCACUGGAGUUACACCCAAGCUUUUAGAAAACCUAGUGGUGGAAGACAGAAAGAUUUCUUUUGGAAACUGCAUCACACAGUACUUUUUUACUGCUACCAGUGUGUUGACAGAAGCUUUCUUGUUGGCAGUAAUGGCCUAUGACCGUUUUAUGGCAAUUUGUAAUCCUCUUUUAUACAUGGUUAACAUGUCCCAGAAACGAUGUACACUUCUGGUGACUGGCGCAUAUACAUGGGGAAUUGCUUCUUCCCUCAUAUUUACCUACUCACUCAUUAUACUGUCUUUUUGUGGAACCAACAUAAUUAAUAAUUUUCUCUGUGAGUAUUCUGUCAUCCUUUCUGCCUCCUGUUCAGAUAGACACAUUAGUGAAAUGAUACUUUUCAUCCUUGCUAAUUUUAAUGUCUUGAGCACCCUCUUAACCAUUCUUACGUCAUAUAUAUUGAUUUUUGUCACCAUCAUAAAGAUGCAUUCAGCUAGUGGAAGGUAUAAGGCUUUCUCAACUUGUGCCUCCCAUCUGACUGCUAUCUCCAUCUUCUAUGGGACCCUUCUCUUUCUUUAUUGUGUCCCCAAUUCUAAAAGUUCAUGGCUCAUAAUCAAAGUGACUUCUGUUUUUUAUACAGUGGUCAUUCCCAUGCUGAAUCCUCUAAUAUACAGUCUGAGGAAUAAUGACGUGAAAGAAGCUGUCAGGAAAAUUAUGGACAGCAAAAUAUUCUCUUCCUAA